CGUGCUCCGUGCGUGCGCGCUCCCGGUCUUGAGAGAGCGAGUGAGACGUAAGGAGAGUUUACUUUCCAGAGUUCAAGGUUUGUUCUCGGUGUUAGUCAGGGAUAAGGGUUGCUGAGGUGGAAAGCCCCUAUUAACUGGAGUCAAGAUGCUGAAUAUGUGGAAAGUCAGGGAGUUUGUUGAUAAAGCAACUAACGUUGUGAUGAACUACUCGGAGGUGGAGUCCAAGGUGCGGGAAGCCACCAACGAUGACGCCUGGGGACCGUCGGGUCAGCUGAUGGCAGAUAUCUCCAGGGCCACCUUCAUGUACGAACAGUUUCCAGAGGUCAUGAACAUGCUUUGGGCCCGCAUGCUGAGGGACAACAAGAAGAACUGGAGGAGAGUCUACAAGUCCCUGCUGCUGCUCGCACAUCUCAUCCGUAACGGCUCAGAGAGGGUUGUCACCAGCAGUAGGGAGCAUCUGUACGACCUCAGGUCCUUGGAGAGCUACCACUUUGUAGAUGAGAAUGGCAAGGACCAAGGGGUGAACGUGCGUCAGAAGGUGAAGGACAUGGUGGAGUUGGUGCAGGACGACGAACGGCUCAGGGAGGAACGAAAGAAGGCGAAGAAGACCAAGGACAAAUACAUUGGCGUGUCGUCGGACAGCAUGGGAGGAUACAAGGGCUACUCGGGGGACAGGUAUGACUCGAGCGAGGGCCGGGGGAAGUGGGACGAUGAGUGGGACAAGAACCGGGGCCAGUUCCCCUUCAGCGAGAAGCUCAGCGAGAUCAGCGACAAGAUCGGCAGCACCAUCGACGACACCAUCAACAAGAUCCGCAACAAGGAGCGCGACUCGUCCCCAGACAGGUUCAGUGAGCCAGAGGAGGAGAGGAAUAGACAGGCCCAAAACGGCCAGUCCGGCAGAGAGUUCAAAGACGAUGAGGAGACCGUCACCACCAAGAGCGUCCACAUCGUCCAGGCAACAGAAACCACGGCAACGCGAAAGAGGGGCGGCGUGCCGACCAAAAAAGUCGACUUGGGUGCUGCAGCCAACUACGUGGGGGACAACAGCCCAGAGGUCACCCCAAAACAGUCCCAACCAGCCCCCCCUCAGCCUGCCAGCACUGGCCUGGCUGACCUGCUGAUGGUGGAGAGUGGCCCCAGCCAGACGCCUGCCUCAGACCUAAUUGGAGGCUUCGCCGACUUUUCUUCGCCCGUCGCCUCUUCCGGCCUGUCCUCAGCACCCGCUCCUGCAGCCGGCGGCCCCAGUGAGUUUGGCGACUGGAACGCCUUCCCCGGCGGCCAGAUGCCCGCCUCGGUCCAACCCGCCGUGAGCCCCAGCAGCGGGAACAACCUCUUCGGGGGCAUGACCCCCAGCCUCACCCCGGCCGCGGCCCCCGCCGCACCCUCAGCCGACCUGUUUGAUCUGAUGGGGUCGACCCAGACCCUCUCCUCCUCCCAGAGCCUCAACUUCAGCAUAAGCAGCAUGCAGAGCAUUAGCACCAUGGGCGGGCCCCUGUCCAUGGCACAGCAGAACCUGGAGCCUGUGAAUGCAGCCAUGGGCCAUGGGUCUAUGAUGCCGAUGCAGCCGGGUGUGUCCGGUGCUGGGGCAGCGGGCAAGGGUCCGCUGCCCUCCACCUGGUCGGACCACGCCGUCAACAUCAGCCUAGACUUCCUGGGGCCCGGCGCCCAGCCCCCAAAACCGAACCAGCCCAGCCUCAAAACGCUUCAGCAAGUGCACCAGCCCCCAGCACCAGCCAACAUGCUCUCCCAGGGAUUUGGAACCAUGAGCCUGGGACCAGCCGCAGCCCAACAGCCGGUCAGUCCCAUGAUGAUGCACCCUGGAGGUGGCAUGGGAAUGGUUCCUAACCAGGCCAUGAUGGGCAUGAACAUGGGUGGUCUGCAGCCCGGGAUGGGUAUGGCCAUGGGCAUGCCGGCCAACAUGGGUAUGGGCAUGAACAUGGGAGGACCACAGCUUGGGAUGGGCAUGGGGAUGCCAGGCGCCAUGGGGAUGAGCAUGGGGAUGAACUCUUCCAUGGUCCAACAGCAGCCCAAACAGGAUGCCUUUGCCGACUUUGGCAACUUUGGGAAGUGAUGAUGGAGCCGGAUUGCUGAAGAGUGGCGACGAUCAUCUCUCUGUCUCUCUCUUUCUCUCGUUAUCUCCGUCCAACAGUGAAGGAUGUCAAGAGCUGCAAACAAAGAGUACAUGG